CUUACACGGCUGGAUCUAAAGCAUGUGGCUGCUCACCUCUACACAGAACUGUUUACGGCAUCACGCGAGGCGAACUUACCUGACUUGAUGUCUAAUGUCCUACCGAAAUCAGCAAAUUCGUUUCCUUUGGUGCCUAUAAAAAAGGAUGAAAACACAAUGACAGAUGAAGAACUUGAGAGAAUAUCUGGAACAGUGUAA